AUGCCUUACGGGCUGCAGGCCAUGUUAAAGGAUGGACAUAAACACCUGAGUGGACUCGAUGAGGCGGUGAUACGAAACAUUGAAGCGUGUAAACAGUUGUCGAAGAUCACGCGGACGUCCCUUGGGCCGAAUGGCAUGAAUAAGAUGGUCAUCAACCACUUGGAACGUUUAUUCGUGACGAGCGACGCGGCGGUGAUCGUGCGAGAGUUGGAGGUGGCGCACCCGGCGGCGAGGUUGAUUGUGAUGGCGGCGCAAUCGCAAGAGAGAGAGAUGGGCGACGGAACGAAUUUUGUGGUGAGUUUUGGGGGUGAGCUGUUGGGAUUGGCGGAGGAGCUGGUGCGCGAGGGGUUGCACCCGAGCGAAAUCAUCGAAGGAUACGAAAAGGCGGCGGCGAAGGCGUUGGAGUGGAUGCAAGAGCUCGUGAUUCCGGGCAGUGAAGUUUUGGACGUGCGUGAUGUGAAGGCGACGGCGGGUCGAAUCAAGGGCACGCUUAGCUCAAAGCAGCACGGGUUCGAGGACAAGUUGUCCAUGGUCGUGGCCGAGGCGAGCGUCGACGUGUUGCCCAAGAAUCCUUUGAAUUUCAACGUCGACAACGUUCGCACGACGAAGAUUCCGGGGAGUUCUUUAUCCGAUUGCACCGUCGUUCAAGGUAUGGUCAUUCGACGAGGCGUUGAAGGGACGAUUCGAUCGCAGAAGAACGCCAAGGUGGCGGUGUUCGGAUGCGCUGUCGACACGUCGACGACGGAAACCAAGGGGACAGUUUUAAUUUCAUCAGCGAGCGAACUCGAGGCGUACAGCAAGGGCGAGGAGGCGAAGAUGGAAGAGUACAUUAAAAACAUCGCCGACAGCGGUGCUAAAGUGAUCGUUUCCGGUCAGUCGUUCGGGGAAAUGGCCAUUCACUUCAUCGAAAGAUACGGUUUGAUGGCAAUCAAAAUUCCGUCCAAGUUUGAACUUCGACGCUUUUGCCGCGCGACGAACGCGCGAGGUUUAGUCAAACUCGAUCGCCCGGAGGCAGAUGAGCUCGGGUUCGCGUCUAGCAUCGAAGUUCGAGAAAUCGGUGGCACGCAAUGCAUCGUGUUGUCCCAAGAUGAUCACACGUCUCGCGUCGCCACCGUCAUUCUGCGUGGUUCAACGGAGAGCGCUCUCGACGACAUGGAACGCGCCGUGGACGACGGCGUCAACGCAUUCAAAGCGCUCACGAAAGACUCGCGCACGCUUCCUGCGGGAGGUGCAACGGAAAUCGAACUCGCACACAGGCUCGCCGCGUACGGCCGCAAACAAACUGGAUUAGAUCAGUACGCCAUUCAAAAGUUUGCGCAGGCGCUCGAAAUCGUUCCCAGAACGCUCGCCGAAAACGCCGGCGCGAACGCUACGGACAGCGUCUACAACCUCUACGCCGCGCAUGCAAAUGGCGAGGUAAACGCCGGGAUCGAUAUCACUGGCGACAACUCUUACGUCGAUCUCGGCGCCACGCAAGGCAUUUACGACGUGUUCCUCGUCAAGUACUGGGCGCUCAAGUACGCCGUCGACGCCGUGUGCACGGUGCUUCGCGUCGACACCAUCAUCAUGUCCAAGUUCGCGGGCGCCGGCGGCGGCGCCGCCCCUCCAGGCGGUGAAGAAGACUAA